GCUGCGUUUUUCUAAACAAAACCUCUGUUCAAAAUAUCAAAACGAAUAAAUUUUUGUUAGCCGUAGUUGAAAAAUUGUGCAAACGUUGUGUGAAUUACAAGUGCCAUGCUGUAGAUGUUGACAGACAGAUGUAGUGCAAUAACAAGAAGAACAGCAACAAUAAAGCACACUUGCAAGAAAAGGGACAUCGACAUCGAUUUUUUUGCACCCUUUUUCUUUUCUUUUUGGUGCAUAUUUUGCGUAGCAAAUUAGCACACAAAGAAACGCGCGACAAGUGUCGCCUUGCCAAGGAAGCACGCAACGGAACGCAACGCAACGCAACUUAAACGAGAAGCCAAGCGCAGUGACAGCUAUUUGUUUAUUGAAUCCCCGUGUGCCUCAGGGUAAGGGACGCUCAAUGAGCGGCGGCGGCGAGGAACACGAGCAGCAGCAACAGAAGGCGCGGCAAACGUCAACGUCGCCGUUGCCAGGCGUCUCAAGUGCGUCGACUUCAUCAGCGGCCGCUGCUGUGGCCAGUGGCGGCAAUGGUGGCAAUGGCCGGGCCACGCCGGAGAUGAAACGUUCGGCGGUGCGCAGCCUGAUACAGCGUUACUUUCAUCAGCUGCAGUCGGGCUGCGGCAAUGUCCACUGCACGAAUGCCAACUGCGCUUCCAGCGGCAAAGUGGCGCCCAUGACGCCCAACGAGGUGGCCGCCCGAGCACUUCAACUGUUCUCACAGGAUGCACAAUUGUGCGAUAGCGCAGCGGCGGCGGCGACGGCGGCGGCAGUGCCAGCGCCCACAGCGAGCAGUCCACAGCAGGACGUGGACAUGCUUUCGCCAAAUGAUAGCAGCAGCAGCAGUAGCAACAGCUCCACUAGCACCAUAACCUCCGCCAGCACCACAACUACCACCAGCACCCAAUCUCAGUCUCAGUCUCAGUCCAAUGCGCAGCCCCAAGGCACCGUGGAGCAGACGGAAAGGCCGCCCAUGAUUAUUGACUUGGUGAAGUUGUCAAGACCCUUAUCAACAAUUGGAUCGCCGGCGACAACUCCAGCUGGCGACUCUGGUGCCUGCACACCGACGCUGCCGCCUGUGGAGUUCCUCGACGCUGAAUCACUGGAGGCACUCUAUUUGCAGUGCCAGACAGCGGCCAACUACGACAGGCUAUAUCAAGCGAUUAAUGAUGUCUUCUCCAGCGUCGAUCGUCUCAGCAAGAGCUUUGUGUGCAGGCCGGGCCAGGAGCGCCAGCAUCUGGAAAGCAAAUCGACCAAUGCGCUGAACAAAGAGCAGCUGCGCCAGUUGGAGGGUGAGCACGACAAGGAUGAGGACAGCACUCAGCGAGCGGAAACUCCAGCCGAGCGAUGCCCAGAUGCCGAUGAUGCUGAACGCCAUGCCGAUGAAAAUGCUGAUGCCGAUGGCGAAGGCGAUGGCGAUGGCGAUGGCGAUAUUGAUGACAAUGAUGAGGACGAGCCCAUGGGUCAACAGGAGCAAAAUGAGGAGUUUCUACAUAGAGGCACCAAAGUGGAUUUCCGUGGACUGCGUCACAUUAAGCGACUGCUCUUUGGCGCCUCGUGCUCAGCCAUUGCAGAGCAACUGACAAGCAGCGUCAUCCAGUUGGCGGACUAUAUACGCUACAUGAGGCUGUACAGGCAGGACUCGUGGGAGCAGGUGCUCCAUUGCCUAGUCAUAUGCUUUGACAUGGCCACCAACACUACGGCCAACAACAGCGUAACGGACAUGGAGUACCUGGAUCGAGUGCUGCCCAAGCUGUGCCAUGCGGCUGCCGUAAUGCCGGUGCGGGCACAGGCGCGUCUGGCUCUUAUUUGGAGUGAAUAUUGUGCCGACCAGCUGCAAGUGCUGUUAUCCUCGUGCCAGCAGCAGAUAACGCUGCAGGUGCUCCUGGACGAGGAGUCGGUGCGCGAGAACGAGCAUAUCAUAAGCGUGACCAAAGUUCUGAAGAUUGUGUUUUAUGCCAACAUCCUGGCCAGCGUGCUGGAGCGGCCGUCGUGUCGGCUGCCACUGCAGGAGGUUGUUGAAAGCGAGGGAGCUGCUGCAGCCGCCGCCGCCGCCGCCCUUGAAGAGGGCGAGGAUUUGUUUGUUUAUAGCUCAAUGCAGCAGCCGCAUAUGCCAAAAUUUGCGGAAGAUCCACUAGAGAAGUGCUUGCAAGUCUCGUACAUCGACUGCCGCAGUCCAUUGGUGCCGCUCGAGGAGUUCUACAAUGAGGCGCUCAGCGAACACAUACAAAUGCAUCAGGACUAUCUAUCCUACAAAACGCUGGCCAUGGAGAGCGAGCUGGGCUCUAGCCACACCAACUAUUUCUGCUUUAUGCUGUACGCAUUCAUCCUGACGCCGGCCACCAAGGUGGACGCACUCUAUUACGACUGCCGCAUGCGCAUGUACAGCGAGCGCUACUCCUCGCUCUAUUCGAUACUGCACAACUUUGGUCAGGAUGGCCAAGAGGGUGCGCGACCCGAUCUCAAGCUGACGGUGCGACGCGAUCAACUAAUCAACGAUGCACUCAUCGGGCUGGAACUGGUGGCGAUGAGCAAUCCAAAGGAUCUGAAAAAGCAGCUGGUGGUCGAGUUUGUGGGCGAACAAGGGAUUGAUGAGGGCGGCGUAUCCAAAGAGUUCUUUCAACUAAUCGUUGAGGAGAUUUUCAAUCCAGCCUUUGGCAUGUUUGUGCAGCAGGAGGAGACGAACAAUAUGUGGUUCAAUGCCACCCCCUUCGAGAAUGGCGCACAAUUCACGCUGAUCGGAAUUAUAAUUGGCUUAGCCAUUUAUAACAAUGUCAUCUUGGCUGUGAACUUUCCUAUGGUCGUAUACCGCAAGCUGAUGGGCUAUCGAGGUACCUUCUAUGACCUGUCCGACUGGAGUCCAACGCUAUAUAAGAGCUUGAAAACUAUGCUGGACUAUCAGGGCCAGGACAUGGAAGAGGUAUUCGAGCAGACGUUUAAGAUUAGCUAUAGCAAUGUGUUUGGCGAACUGGUCGAGCACGAACUGGUGCCACACGGUAGCGAGGUGCUUGUGGGUCAGCACAACAAGCGGUUGUUUGUUAAUCUGUACAGCGAUUUUUUGCUGAACGUCAACAUACAACAGCAGUUUAAGGCUUUCCGCAAGGGCUUCGAAAUGGUUACAGACGAGUCGCCGCUGAAGCUGCUCUUUAGGCCAGAGGAGAUCGAAAAGUUGGUCUGCGGUAGUCGAGAGUUCGAUUUUGUCGAACUGGAGCACUCGACAGAGUACGAGGGUGGCUACACGGAGGAAACGCAAAUUGUACGAGAUUUCUGGAGCAUUGUGCACGCAAUGCCACACGAGUCCAAGCGCAAGCUGCUCGAGUUCACCACAGGAUCGGCACGCGUACCGGUUGGCGGCUUGAAAUGCUUGCGAUUGUUAAUAACACGCCAUGGACCGGAUAGCGAUCGCCUGCCCACUUCCCAUACGUGCUUCAAUGUGCUGCUGCUUCCCGAAUACAGCAGCAAGGAGAAGCUAGAAGAGCGUUUGCUCAAGGCAAUCAACUACUCGAAAGGCUUUGGCAUGCUGUAGUCGCCGCAAAGGGAUGUCAAAAUGGUUGACACACAUACCUCCAGCAACGCAACAGAUACCACCUCCGAUAAUUUAUGAUGAUAAUGAUGAUGAUGAUGAUGAUGAAGACGAUGAUGAUUUAUUAGUUGAGCCUUAGUUUGUUUUUGAAUUUGUCAUUUAUUUUUGAUACAAUUUGUUCAAAUGAGACAAUAUAUAUGUGUGCGUAAAUGCUCAAUAUGGCGUGAUGGAAAGAAGGCAGGCGUGAACUAAGCAAAUUCGGUUUGAAUGACUUUAUAUUGUUUACUAUGUCGCUCAGUUAAGUGUAUAUAACAUAAAUUACAUUUAUACGCAUACUCAUACACUCAUGUAAUUACGUUUGUAAUGCAGCACGCAUAAAAUUUUGCUGAAUAAAUUUUAAGUUGUGC